UUCGUCGAGACAAGCUUCGUGCUUCAAAAGUUAUGGCAAAUCGAUUGCUUUCUAAUCCAAAAAUUACUGUGUUAUGGAACACUAUUCCUAUCGAAUGCAAAGGUAAUGGAGAACUACUUAAUAGUUUGGUGACCAAGGAUACCAAAAAUGCUGAAAUUAAAGAGCUACCUGUAAAUGGUUUGUUUUAUGCUAUUGGCCAUGCGCCGGCUACCGAUUUAGUUAAGGGAAAAUUGGAUUUAGAUGAAGAUGGUUACAUUAUUACAAAACCAGAUAGUACAUGUACAAGUGUAGAAGGUGUUUUCGCUGCGGGUGACGUUCAGGAUAAAAAAUAUAGGCAGGCUAUUACGAGUGCUGGAUCUGGAUGUAUGGCUGCAUUGGAAUGCGAAC